GAGCCAUUGACACUCUAUCAUAUCAUGGCAUCUCGUCGCUUUCAGUCGCCACCAAAGCAGAAACGCCCUGAAUCGAAACACUCCCCAUAAACAAGAAAAAGCAGAGAUUCCCCCCCCUCCGAUUCUGAGCCAAGUCAGUCAGACCCCAAAAAAAAGAAAAAGCUGGCCUUUCGUUCUACUCUGUUGAUCAAACCCACACUUCCCUUCCUUGGAAUCAUCUCCAGAAAACAGAGAAAAUCCAAAACCCUUUCCUCUGUUUUCAAUCUUACCCUGUAAUUUGAUUUAGUCAAGUCACCAACACUCUGGGGAAAGCUAGUUGUCAUCUCCCACAAGUAAUUAACCCAAUUCCCCUUUCCCUCUCCACGCUUCCUCCUUCAAUUUCCGAUCGGAGGAGACGCCAAAAUCCGACGAAAUUAAAAUCCCUCAUGGGCCGCCGGCAGAGCUCCCAGACUCCGCUUCUGGGCGCCGAUGAGGGCGCUUCACCCACCCAGAAACGGGAUUGGGGCAAAAUUGCUCUGUUCCUGAUUCCCGCCUUGUUUGCCAUCGCAGCUCUGCUGGGACUGUUCCUUGCGGGCGAUGGGAAUCCCCUGUUUCCGAACGGCGGGAGAGCAAUUGAGGCAGAGGAGAAUGCAGAAAUUGAAUCAGAGAAUGGAGUGGUGGCAGCAGAUGACGGCAGGUGCUCUCAGAUUGGGGCUUCCGUUCUCAGGCAAGGCGGCCACGCCGUCGAUGCGGCGGUCGCCACGGUGUUGUGCCUCGGAGUGGUUAAUGCGAUGGCGAGUGGGAUUGGUGGUGGUGGAUUCAUGGUGGUCAGGUCUUCUUCUACUACCGAAGUUCGAGCUUUCGACAUGAGGGAAACUGCCCCUUCUGCUGCUACAAAGAACAUGUAUGCAAAUGACAUUCAAGCCAAGUACUUAGGUCCACUAUCAAUGGGAGUUCCUGGAGAAAUAGCUGGCCUCUAUGAAGCUUGGCAGCAAUAUGGCCGCCUGCCAUGGAAGUCCUUAUUCCAACCUGCAAUCAAACUCGCCAAAGAUGGCUUCGUGGUCGCUCCUUACUUAGCCCUGUCCAUAGCCGAAAGCACCAAAAUCCUGAACGACCCCGGACUACAGAAAGUGUUUGCUCCCGGCAACAAGCUCUUGAAAGCAGGCGAUCUAUGCUACAACGCCGAGCUAGCUCGAACGCUGGAGGCCAUUUCCGAACACGGUCCAGAGGUGUUCUACAACGGCAGCGUGGGCGAGAAUCUGGUGAACGAUGUGAGGAAAGCUGGUGGGAUUAUGACGAUGGAGGAUUUGCAGAACUACAAGGUCAGAGUCACUGAUGCAGUUGCUGUGGACGCCAUGGGUUACACAGUCUACGGAAUGCCUUCUCCUUCGAGUGGAACUCUUGGGAUGUCACUUGUGAUGAACAUUUUCAAGAGCUAUGGUGGCAGUGUCGAUGCUGCAGAGGGGGGGAUCGGUCUGCAUCGGCUGAUCGAGUCGUUGAAGCACAUGUUUGCGCUGAGAAUGAACCUGGGGGAUCCUGAUUUUGUUGAUAUCAGUGAGGUUCAAGCCGAGAUGCUUUCUCCUGCAUUUGGUGAGAAGAUACAGAAGCUGAUCUUUGACAACACUACUUUCCCGCCAGAGUACUACAUGCACAAGUGGAGUCAGCUGAGAGAUCAUGGAACCAGCCAUUUAUGCAUUGUUGAUGGGGAGAGAAAUGCUGUGUCGAUGACGACGACUGUCAACUAUGGAUUUGGAGCUGGGUUGCUGUCUCCUUCGACUGGGAUUGUGAUCAACAAUGAGAUGGGUGAUUUCUCUUCGCCGACUGAGAUAUCAGAUGAUCAGCUCCCUCCCUCCCCUGCAAACUUCAUCGAACCAAAUAAGCGGCCCCUAUCAUCCAUGACGCCUAUCAUCGUUACAAAGGGGAAUCAACUGGCUGGAGUGCUCGGAGGGAGCGGUGGGCUGUACAUUAUUCCAGCAAUAGUACAAGUCUUCCUCAACCAUUUUGUGCUAGGGAUGGAACCUUUACACGCAGUCCUGAGUCCAAGGGUCUACCACGAUUUGAUACCAAAUGUGGUUAAGUACGAGAACUGGACAUUGCUAUGCGGGGAUCACAUAGAGCUUGCACAGGAAAGGAAGGAUUUCCUGAGAGAAAGGGGUCAUCAAUUGAAUGCCAACGCUGGUGGAGCCAUAGUCCAGCUUGUUGUUCAAUCUCUGCAAAACCCGAUCGACCGAAAGACAGACGCUGGCAACAAUACGGUAAUCCAUGGAAUGCUAACUGCAGUAAGUGACCUACGGAAGGACGGCAGGCCAGCAGCUGUUUGAUCAAUUUGAAACUGCUCCCUAGUUCUUUUGGUCUGUUGGCCAACAAUAAUGCCCUCAUGUAUGUAUAUUCAAAGAUGGCAAAAGAACAAAGGUCAAAAUCUAUUGCAUCUGCAAGUAAUAUUUGAAGCAAAUCUGUCAUUCCAAGGCCUUGAAUUGAUAACUGCAAACUAAAGACAACAUUUGAAAUCUUACGAAUCCUUAACAGGUAAAACAGUUGGUUUCAUCCUUAAAGGGCAAUACACAUUUAGCGAAAGGUGAACAGAUUACAGUAUGCAGAAUCAAGAACAUGAUGAUGCCAAACUGCAGAACAGGACA